AACUCAACUGAGUCAACUCAGCGAAUCUCAAAAAACACUGUAACUCACUCACCAUUGUACAAAUCGAAGCAAAAACCACACUCUAUUUAUCCUUUUCCUACUAAAGACAGAUCUCAGAUUCUCUCUACUCUCACAAACUCACACCAGAGAAACAAACAUGGCAACAACACCGUCUUCUUCAAGCAAAGAUCCAUUGAAGAAUAAAAAGAAGCAAUGUUUGGGUUGGAUAGAAUGGUUAAGAGGAUGGUUUAAUUUAAUCUACGAAUUUCUAUUCCAAAGAAUCAUGGCUAGUCAUUUACAUAACCCUAUGCCACUUCCACCAAUUAAUGAUCUCACUUGUAUUGUUACUGGUUCAACUAGUGGCAUUGGUCUUGAAAUUGCUAGGCAAUUGGCAGAAUCGGGGGCACAUGUUGUUAUGGCCGUAAGGAACACAAAGCGGGCUAAUGAGUUGAUCCAGAAGUGGCAGAUUGAAUCGGCAGGAUUGGGUAUUGCACUCAAUGUUGAGGCAAUGACAGUUGAUCUUCUCUCAUUGGAUUCGGUUGCAAAGUUUGCUGAAGCUUGGAAUGCACGCGCAGCACCCUUGCAUGUUCUCAUUAAUAAUGCCGGCAUUUUUUCCAUUGGAGAACCACAAAAGUUUUCAAAAGAUGGUUAUGAAGAACACAUGCAAGUGAAUCAUCUUGCUCCUGCUUUGCUUUCAAUACUUCUUUUGCCAUCCCUUAUCAGGGGCUCUCCUAGUCGAAUUGUGAAUGUGAACUCCAUUAUGCAUCAUGUUGGCUUUGUUGAUUCUGAAGACAUGAAUGUCACGUCUGGAAAAAGAAAAUUUUCUAGUUUGGUGGGAUACUCAAGCAGCAAGUUAGCACAGGUUAUGUUCAGCAGUGUUCUUUUUAAGCGACUACCUGCUGAAGCUGGCAUCAGUGUAUUGUGUGCAUCGCCUGGAAUUGUCCAAACCAAUGUUGCAAGGGAUCUUCCAAAAUCUAUUCAAACUGGAUAUCAUUUGAUACCUUACUUCAUCUUUAAUGCUCAAGAAGGUUCUAGGAGUACACUUUUUGCUGCAACCGAUCCUCAAAUUUCGGAGUAUUGCGAGUUGUUGAAAUCAGAUGAAUGGCCUGUUUGUGCUUAUAUUUCCCACGAUUGUCGACCUGCAAAUCCUUCAGAAGAAGCACACAAUCUUCAAACAUCAUUUGAAGUAUGGGAAAAGACAUUAGAGAUGAUUGGCCUUCCUUCAGAUUCUGUGGAGAAGUUUCUAGAGGGCGAAGAAGUUAAAUGUCGUUACGGACAAGAACAACAAUGAUGAAAACAAGAAACAAUUCGAUAAUCACAAGUAUUCCCAAAUGCUCAUCCUUAAUGAAGGACACUUCACUAUUUUUUCAACUACAAUGAUAUGCCUUGUAGGGGGGGGGGGGAAUUUCCAAAUCCAAAAAGUUUAGGUACAUUGAUUAUUUUUAUAUUUUUCAUCUUAUUUAUACCUACAAACAGGUGAUUUGGUUUUAAUGUUUUGAGUUUUUGAUGACAUUUUGAUGGUCAUUUAUAGGAGUUAGAACUACAUUAAUAUUAUAUUGUACUUGUAUAAAUAAUAACCCUUGUAAUUGGUGAAUGUGACUGUCCUAAAGAAAUAGAGGGUUCCAUCUUACAUUGUUUUCAA